AUGAGCGCAUCAAGGUUUAUAAAGUGUGUCACGGUAGGAGAUGGAGCUGUUGGUAAAACUUGUCUCUUGAUUUCUUACACCAGCAACACCUUCCCUACGGAUUAUGUGCCUACAGUUUUUGACAAUUUCAGCGCAAAUGUGGUCGUCAAUGGUGCUACUGUUAACCUGGGGUUGUGGGAUACGGCUGGGCAAGAGGAUUAUAAUAGAUUAAGACCAUUGAGUUACCGUGGGGCAGAUGUUUUCAUACUGGCAUUCUCUCUCAUUAGCAAGGCCAGUUACGAAAAUGUUUCUAAGAAGUGGAUUCCAGAGUUGAAGCAUUAUGCACCUGGUGUCCCAAUAGUUCUUGUCGGAACAAAACUUGAUCUUCGGGAUGAUAAGCAGUUCUUCAUUGACCACCCUGGUGCUGUGCCUAUUACUACGGCUCAGGGAGAGGAGCUGAGGAAGUUGAUUGGUGCACCUGCUUACAUUGAAUGCAGUUCGAAAACACAGCAGAAUGUGAAGGCUGUUUUCGAUGCAGCCAUCAGAGUCGUCCUUCAACCUCCCAAGCAAAAGAAAAAGAAGAGCAAAGCACAAAAGGCCUGUUCUAUAUUGUGA